GCCUCCUUCGGGUAUGUGCGGACCUGCUUCCCGGCGUGCCCUGAGCCUGCGCCUCCGUCUCAACUGCUUGGCCCACUUCGGCCUCCCGGUGCCGGGACCGAGCUCCUGCGUGCCCCGCGUUCCGAGGCGCAGUCAACAUGGCUGGAGCUGAGGAAGCGGUCCACGGAUGUUGUGACAACCAUUCUCCCUUUGCCGGUGGGAAGUCUGUGCUGUGCUUUGGGCAGAGCCAGUACACAGCCGAGGAAUACCAGGCCAUCCAGAGGGCUCUGAGGCAGAGGCUGGGCCCAGAGUACAUCAGCAGCCGCAUGGCUGGAGGAGGCCAGAAGGUGUGUUAUAUUGAAGGUCAUCGGGUGAUUAACCUGGCCAAUGAGAUGUUUGGUUACAAUGGCUGGGCACACUCCAUCACCCAGCAGAAUGUGGAUUUUGUUGACCUCAACAAUGGCAGAUUCUACGUGGGAGUCUGUGCGUUUGUAAGAGUGCAGUUAAAGGACGGAUCCUAUCAUGAGGACGUGGGUUAUGGAGUUAGUGAGGGCCUCAGGUCAAAGGCUUUGUCACUGGAGAAGGCUAGGAAGGAGGCUGUGACUGACGGGCUGAAGCGGGCACUCAGGAGUUUUGGGAAUGCACUUGGAAACUGCAUUCUGGACAAAGACUACCUGCGGUCACUAAACAAGCUUCCACGACAGCUCCCUCUUGAAGUGGAUUUAGCUAAAACAAAGAGAAAAGAUUUUGAACCAUCUGUGGAACAGGCAAGAUAUAACAGCUGCCGACAAAAUAAAGCACUGGGACCCUCAAAACCACAAGAAGCAACUUCCCCUUGCAGACCAAGCCACCCACAUGAUUCGGACAGUAGGCUGCAGGGGGCUAAGGACUGCAGCAGCUCCUGCAGUCUGGCCGCCACUGGGGAGAGUGAUGCCAUUCACCAGCGGAAGCUCCGGAAGCUCCGGCAGAAGCAGCUGCAGCAGCAGUUCCGCCAGCGGAUGGAGGCUCGCCUGCAGGUUCAGGCACCUGCUGCAGAGGUGGAAGCCGAACCUGAGGCAGUGCUUCCAGCCCCUCCUCCGAAACACAGUACCCCCAUAACUGCUGCUUCAGAACUUCUCAGGGAGAAAGCCAUCUUCCCAGAUAACCCUGAAGACAACCCUGAAAUGUGGGACCUGACUCCAGAUUUAGAGGACAUUAUUAAGCCUUUGUCUAGACCAGAACCACCCCAAACUUCUACCACCCGAGCCCUCAACCACCAGGAGGUGAUUCAGGAUGGUGUCCUACACAGCCUUUGCAACCAGAUGCCACCAGAAAAACCUGGAGCUGGGCCCCUGCAGACUUGCAGCACUCACCAGCGUGUACUAGGAAACUCUGACUCUCAUAUGAAGAUCCAGGACCUAAAGAAAAGGAAACUGGAUCCAUCCUGAAGCUCAAGACAUGACUAGAUUCUAUCACAGGAAGUUUGGUCACAAAAUUGUUCCCAAGGCUUUCUUUUGAACUUAUUAGAGUACUAGAGUACUUUAAAGAGGUUGUCAUACGUUAUGAUGGGAGGGAGGCCAAUAGAUAAAAUGCCUUUCCAUUGGCUCUGCAAGUUUCUCAGUACUAUUCAUUUAGGCUACCCUCUUUUAGUGAGGCAGCCCAUCUAAGCAUCAGCUUGAUCAUCACCUUCAAUAAAUUACGUUAGCUCAUCUCUCCUUUUGUUUUCCACGAAGUGUUAACCAAUCAGGCCAUGGUGGUGGUUCAGGAUUACACAUGGACUCAAGUCAACAGAAGCCUCUAGAGAGAAGUACCAACACGUACAGUGGGUGCUUUCGCAUGUCUGAUUUAGGUCUUCUCCAUUCUCCGUGCUUACCACGUCCCGUGGUUGUAUGUGGUUUAUAUACAGCAAGAAGGCCAGCAUGAAUUUUUCAAUUUUAUUAUGAUUAAGUUAUAAUAAAGACUACAUCUCAACAGUU